AUGCCACAAAAAAGUUGGGAAGAUGCUUAAUUAGAAUCAAAGCCAAAGAAAUGUUUAAGAUUCAUUACAGACCUCCUAAAAGUAGGCUUUGGAUUUGGUUGCUUCGUUAAAGCGCUAGUUUUGGCAUUUGAAGAAAAUAAAGAGAUCCCUGCCCUCUGGGAAACUAAAAUGUAUUACACUUUUAUAUCCCUAUUUCUUCUGCUAAAUGGACUUGAUUCCUUGGUUGACACUUUCACAGAUUUACUUACUUUUGAAAAAUAUCCCAUAUGUGUUUUAGUCACUAACACAGUCAUUUUACUUUUCUAUGUGCCCUUCGUGGCUAUUGGGUUUUUGAUGGCCAAGUCUCGAGUAUAAACAUCUUGGGCUGACAGAUAGAGUGCUUAUGUUAGCUAUGAAAUUUAUCUUUGGAAAAACAACAUAUCUAAGCCUAACGAAACUAAUUAUGAGGACUUGUAUGCAAGAGCCUCAUUAGAAGCAUCAGAUUUCGCUACCAGCAUUAGAUCUGACUAUCUAGUCUUCUCAAUUUUGGCAACGCUUCCUUUGAUCUAAAAUUUCUACCAACUGGCUUUCAUCUGUUGCGAUUAUAGAAUCAAGAAGAUCUGCGACGGCUGCCUUUUUAUGUUAGGAGCUGGAAUAGCGACUGUUUGCAUUAUCUUCACAUACCAGUCUGUUGGAGAUUUUUUCAGCUUGUCUCCCAUAUAUGAUGAAGACGGAGAAGUUGAAGACUACGAUAUCAUCAUUAAUGGAUUUAACGCUACGGUUAUUCCUUCUGCUCAGCUAUUUGCAGAGGGCAGAUAUUCAAAAUUCGCCUAACAAGAUUAUUCAUUGGGAAUAGAGAAUAUGUAUACCUUAAUCUUCACUUUUAACCUAAUAUUCGAAGGGCUUUGCAAAGUUUUAUAUGAGAGUAGAUGCUGUACUGAGAGAUGUGCUCUACUCUUCAAUAUUUUCUAGGUGCUAUUCUAUUUGUUUAUUUCAGCCUUCAUUCUUUACCUUCUGAUAGAAAUUGGCUAGAAUGCAGAGCUGACCUUUAGCAAUCCAACUAUUAUGUUCUACUUAUCAAUGGUAUUUGACGCUGUAGUACAUAUUAUUGUCACUCUCAUUGUUACAUGCGCUUGCUAUGUAGCCUAUUGUAAAAGAUGA